CGCCAAACCACAUUAUAUACAUAUAGAGCAGGGAGCUAGAUAACCCUUUUGUCAGAGACUGUAAUGAUACUUUGCGUUUUAUGUUGAUCAGCAUCGUAAUAGCAAAAAAAAGUAAACCAAUGAGAAAGUGUAAUGAAAUGAGCGAAAAAAAAAAAAGGAAGAAGAGUAGAGUCCCUCUCGUGCUAUGCUUAUUUAUAUCUUUUAUAUCUACAUUGAAAAAUGGGUGGGGGAGAUGUAUAUAGGGUACGCACACCACAUUCUAGUACUAAA